AGAUGAAAAUUUUCAAUUGAAGAUGUGGGUGUGUGCAUCUGAGGAAUUUGAAAAGAAAGAGAUCAUGGUGAAAAUGAUCAAGUUCUUAACUCAUCAGAAUUGUAAUUACCUGGAUCCUGAACAAUUGCAAACUUGCAUUCGAGACGAACUGAAGUCCAAGAAGUUUUUACUUGUUCUGGAUGAUGUGUGGAGUGAUGAUCGUUAUAAAUGGUCUGAAUUGAGAGAUUUACUGGAGGAAGGUGAUGAUGGAAGUAAAGUCAUUGUGACAACGCGUAGUGCCUCGGUUGCAAGAACAGUUGGUACUGUUUCGGCGCAUAACUUGAAAGGUCUUCCCUAUGAAGAUUGUUUGUCUUUGUUUAAGAAAUGGGCAUUCAACAAAGGAGAAGAGGAACAUUACCCAAACCGUAUGGAAAAUGGAAAGGAUAUUGUCAAAAAAUGUGGUGGACUUCCUUUGGCAGUGAGGACACUAGCAACUCUACUCUAUGAGAGGAAUGAAGAUCAUUAUUGGAAGUUCAUUAGAGAAAAUGAAGUGUGGGAGUUGGAGCAAAAGGAAGGAGACAUUUUACCAACACUAAAACUAAGCUAUGAUCAAAUGAAGUCUCACUUGAAACCAUGUUUUGCCAUUUGCUCAAUCUUCCCGAAGGAUUACGAAUUCAGUAGUUAUUGGUUGCCUCGUGUUUGGAUGGCGCAUGGGCUUCUCCAAUCUUCUGAUGAAGGGCAAGAGCUUGAAGAUAUUGGAGUACAAUAUAUCAAGGAAUUAUAUUCUAAGUCAUUUUUUCAAGAUUUUAUUGAUCAUGGUGACUUUUUUGUGUUUAAAAUGCAUGAUCUAGUGCAUGAUCUUGCAUUAUCAGUGGCACAAGGUGAGUGCUCGAUGGUAACCGUUCGCAGUAAGAACAUCUCUGAAGGGAUUCGACAGAUGUCAUUCUUUGACCAGGCUUUACUUGACAAGAAGAUUCCAGAGUUCCUACGAAAGUCAAGCCAUUUGCGGACCAUACUUUUCCAAUCUAAAGCAGAAGGGCCUACUAUUCAAUCCUUCAUUUUCAACUUCAUUUCUUCAUGCAAAUAUUUGAGGAUGUUGGAUUUAGCAGGAUCGUCUUUUGCUGUGUUGCCAAGUUCAGUUGGUGCUUUGAAACAUCUGACAUAUCUUAACUUAAGCCGAAAUGAUAGGAUCAAGGAAUUGCCCGAUUCAAUUUGCAAUUUGCACAACUUACAAUCUUUAUGCCUUGGUGGAUGUUUAAGACUUGAAAAGUUGCCAAGAGACAUGAGGAGCAUGAUUAAAUUAAGAUGUCUUGUUAUGACGGUAAAACAAAAGUGUCUGCCAGCAGAUGGAAUAGGGAGCCUAAAAUCGCUUCAAUUUUUGUCUAUUGAAGAAUGUAGCAAUCUUGAGUUUUUGUUGGAAGGAAUUCAGCUCCUGAAGUCAUUGCGUUCAUUGCAUAUUUCGAGCUGUGAAAAUUUGGUUUCUUUGCCAAUUUUGAAGUACUCAACUAUGUUACAGACUUUGUUGAUAAAGGACUGUAAAAACCUUAAUUUGAUGGGAGUGGAAGAAAGUGGAGUCCUUGACCUGAGCCUUCAAUCCUUGAUCCUCGAUAAAUUACCACAGUUGAUUACCUUGCCUGAGUGGCUUCUAGGGUCGUCAAAAACUUUACAAUAUCUCUCUAUUCGUUCUUGUGUCUACCUGUCGACACUGCGGUUGUGGAUCAAGAGUUUCACCGUGCUCAAAAAGAUUGAAAUUGAAAGAUGUCCUCGCUUGUUUGUAACCUCAGGGCAAUUGCGGCGCAUGGCAGCUCUGGCUCUAGCUGAUGUUCCUCAGGUUUCUCUGAACUCAAUGUACCCAGAGGAUUACAUUAACAGGGUGCCCGAUGGCAGAUGAGUAUGUGAUGUAUGUAUCAACCCUUAAGCAGAUGCUGUCUUGGUGACUGGUUCCGAGCCUGUGGGCUGAGGCUCAUGGUUGGUCAGGCCUGCACCUACAGGAGGUCGGUUACUGGACCAGGCUUCCCAGACCCAUUAUGGUGGUCCUUGGGAGACAAAUCCGCGAGGGCAUGGGCCCAAAGCGGAGAAACUGCUGAUUGUUUGGAGUGUGCAGCCUGAUCUUAUCUUAUUAGUUUUCUGCAAAUUUUCCUCCUAAUAUCGUUCAUCUUUCAACCAUUGCAGCUCUCAUCAACAGAGUGCAACUGAUCAGCAUGGUUCAAUGCCAGAGAAUGUACUAUUGUCAAUUCAAUUGUGUAGUUGAAUAUAUAGUUUGUUUGCUGUAAAGCUGUUUGAAUUAAUGGAUGCAUUGGAUGAUGUUUCUGUAUUUGUUCCGAUUUUACGCUCCUCGUUUACCUCACUGUGUUAUUAUUUGAAAACAUACUUCACUGUGCUGUGCUAAUUUCAUGUUAAUAAACAGUACAUGUUGAUUCAA